AUGGUGAAUUUGUACGAUCGCUCUGAACUGAGUGGUCAUGGCCGACCGGACUCGAUCACGAUAUACAACGACGCGCAGUUCACGCAAACACUGCAUCGAUUUACGUCGCAAACAAUUGACUGGUCAGCGAAUGUGCAGACACAGUCACUGCUGUCGGUACAUAUGCGAGCUAGUGCUGCUAAUGGCGACUUCGGAUUCGUUGCUGAAAUAAUCGUAAUCCCGUCGUUUGCUCAGCCAAGCUUCCAGUUGCGUUGGUUCUUUUCGAAGACUAAAUUACCGAUGGAGUAUUUCACACGCAGCAGUAUCCUUGUCGGAACUGGUGAUUUGAAGUUGAUUGCCACUGAUACUAUUCAGUUCAUGGCUCAGUUUCGUAACAACUUACUGAUGCAUAAUGUGGGAGGCCUGUGGUUGACUGCACUUACAGCGAACUCUGUUGCGCGGCUAAUUGUUGUUAUCAGGGAAUGCGCAUUCAUGCACAACUCGAAUGGUACUGUACUUGCCUUCCUCGGUAGUGGCAAUCAGAAGUUAUGGCUGUUCAAUAAUUUAAUAACGAACAAUUAUGCACUUUAUCAAGAUACAGUACUACUGAAAGAUAUCACGGCUAAUAUGACACGAAAUCUGUUUGCUAACAACACUGGUUUACACAGCGUCGACUUUCGUCCUGGAUCGUCAUUGUCCGCUGAUUCCUAUUCACUUCAUAAGAACUGGUUCCAUGACAACACUGCACUUGGCCAUGGACACCAGUAUCAGGAACGUUAUGGAUUUCAUCCAGAUAAAUUGGAAGAUGAGUUUGUGCGUCGUCCAAAGCGGCAGGUGGUUGUGCAGGAAGGAGUGAGCUUUGACUGGUGGACUCAUGUUGGUGGCGAUUCCGAACGCUAUCGCAGCACUGUAUUCGCUGGCGUUUCGAAUGAGUUAUAUCGCAGAAAUUCGUUUAAUAAUCCAAACAAUCCCUUGGAAGGGCGAGCAAUCGAUGCGAGGGAGAAUUACUGGGGCUCUCCGGGGACGGAAAGUGUGGCUGGCGGAAAAAUUCGUGAUCAAAGCGACUAUAAAUAUCUGAUUCGAGUUGAUUAUAUACCCGUUCUCCAGUCCAAUACAUCGCUUCUCGAAAGUUUGUUUUGUUCGAAUUUGAAAUGGAUCUAA